GACUGGAUCAUAAUUAAUAAAACAAGCACAUGAAAAUAUGUGAAAUUAGCAUGAAAUUAAUGGUUAAAUAUGUUUUGAUAAAUUUCUUAUAAAUUAUUACUUUAUAAAACGCGCCAAAUAUUUAAUUGGAAAGCUCCAUCUUUUGAAUGUUUAGGAUAAUCAUAACGUAGUAGCACAAAUGACGUAGCCAAUAAAAAAGAAGAAAUGAUAUUUGUUACGUCAUAAUUUUUAGGUUAGUAAUUAUAAAUUGACAAUUUAGAUUAAAAUUAUUAGAGAUGUUCUUAAGACCAUUAUUAUCCCAACUAGCCCGUAACAGACCGUUUAAGACACCCGUUACAAGUGUAACACAAAGUGUCAGUCGAGCUUUAUCAACAGAAGUUGAAACUAAAACUGAGACUAGACCUACUGUCAGAAAACCUAAUGUAGUGGCACGAUCAAACCUUAGGGAUUUUGGAAAGUACGUAGCUGAAUGCCUACCAAAAUAUAUACAGAAAGUACAGAUAACUGCUGGCGAUGAAUUAGAACUUCUAAUUGUGCCAGAGGGGAUAGUACCUGUAUUGCAGUUUUUAAAAGAUCAUCACAAUGCUCAGUUUUCAAAUUUGGUUGAUAUUGCUGGAAUGGAUGUAAUAUCUAGACCAUAUAGAUUUGAAAUAAUCUACAACAUAUUAUCAGUUAGAUUCAAUUCCCGCAUUAGAGUCAAAACAUAUACAGACGAACUAACUCCUAUAGAUUCUUGUAACGAGGUUUAUAAAGCUGCAAAUUGGUAUGAAAGAGAAAUUUGGGAUAUGUUUGGUGUAUUUUUCUCUAAUCAUCCAGAUUUGAGGAGAAUACUUACAGAUUAUGGAUUUGAAGGACAUCCUUUUAGAAAAGAUUUUCCACUUAGUGGUUACGUUGAAGUUCGAUAUGAUGAUGAGAAAAAGAGAGUCGUUGUUGAACCACUGGAAUUAGCACAAGAAUUUAGAAAAUUCGAAUUAAGUGCUCCAUGGGAACAGUUUCCUAAUUUUAGAAAUGCUAACCCUGCUUCGGAAGAAGUUGACACAAAAGAAGAUAAAAAAUAAUUGAACAUAUACUUAGCUUGUAUUAUAGAGGUAUAUUACUUAUUUUAUUUUUUUGCUUCCUUUAGGCAAUAUUCGAUAACAUAAUUUAUCUUCCAAAAACAACCGUUAUGUAUUGAACUUUAUUACAUUGUAAUCAAUGGCGAGUUUAAUUUGUUGGAAAUAAAAAAAACAUUUUUCUCUAGUGA